AUGGCAAAUAUGCUUCAAAACUCAAAGGUUUUACCAGAAUACGGAAACUAUUCCAGUAGUGGGAGGAAUGGUGUUAGUGGUGGUGACAGUGUUAUUAGAUCUGAGGGAGGAACUAAAGUGGUAUCUGGAAAUUCCAAAACACAGGCUGUUGGUGAUGAUGAAGAAUUUGAGUUUUAUCAAUCGUUUACGGAGGAUAAGGUACGCCUUGUGAUUCAUGCUAUUACAAAAAGUUUGAAAGCAUCCAGGACUGAAGAGGAGUAUAUAUUUUUACCAUUUCGACCAGGACACUCGAAUCAGAAGCUUUUGGUGUUUUUAAAUUCGGUUUUUCCGAUGGGAAAUAGCCAAGCAGUUGGAGAAAAUAAGCUGCAUAAGAUUAUUGCUAAGACAGACACAUGGACAUUGGUUCAGGCACUCAAAUACAUUUGGUGUCGGUUGCCUGGAGGCGAAGUGAUCGGGUGGGAGUCUUAUGAGAUGUUCAGACAGGAAGAAGAGAGGCAGGGGUAUCCAGCCCAGUCCUUUCUGGAAAUCAUGCCAAAAUGUCUUCGGUCACAAGACCAUGCUUCAAUUGUUUAUGACUUUUUUGAUUUGUUGAUAGCGGUUUCUUGUUCGCCAAAUACCAAGGUUAGUGCGAAGAAAAUAUCAAGAAUGUGUGCUAUCUGGGCGUUUGGGAAGCUUCAAGAACACGGCCAUAUUACCAAUACUUUUAAGGCGGGUGUUUCUCAGUGGAUACCUGGCUUGAAUGCUACUUUUCAUUUGCUACUGUCGUUUGUAAGGUCGUUUUAUUCUACUAAAUUGGAUAGUCCUGACACUCCUAAGGCGUUGAAAAGUUUGCUGGUAAACCACGAUUAUCCCCCAGUUAAAGAGGAACUUUCAGACCAGGGAACUAUGCUUACUGUUCCAAUUGUAACGUUAAAAACAGGUACGUUUUCCAGGAAGCCGAUCCACCUGAUUGAGAAAUGUGUUAAGUUAUUUGAUCAGUCCAGACCGGAGGAUUUUUACGCUCGUGAAGACUUUGUUUUAAUGAAGUCUUUAUUUAGGAAGAAGGAUAGCAUAGAUGCUAUUUCCAAAAAGAUGUCUAAGGAAUCACGUAGAUUGCUCAAGGAGAUGAACACCAAGCACUCAACCUUUCAGGCAGGAUGGGCUAAGCGUAAUCCAUUGCCGAACACCUUCAAUAAGGCAGACUAUCUCAGAUGGGGUCGGGUGGAUAUUGAUGACUAUUUUAUUUGGGCUUGGAUAUGUUCUUUAUCUCAUGAGCAAACUCCUGACAAGCGGAAAAUAUUCGGGCGCUCGCUAAUUAUCGAAUUCGAGGUUGAUGGGUUUAAAAAAUGGAUAAUCCUAGAGGAAGCAGAUAUUUCCAUUGACGAUGGAAUGGAGGAAACGACAGAUGAUAACAAAAGUGGCAUUUCUCAGCCCCAAGGAAAUGGUACGCCUAUGUCUGAAAAACCUCAAAAGGCCGCCGCUCCUUUUCAUGUACGAGAGGAAAACAAUAUAUCACCAUCUCCGCGACCGCCUUUAUCGUAUGAUUCGAACAACCAGCAAUCUGUUAAUGAUGUUGGUCAAGGUAUUAAUCUUAAUAAGCCGGAGACAUCGCGUGGCCACCAUCUGCAAGACGCCAUGGAUACUCAGGGUAACCUUCAGAUUACUGAAAGUGCCAAGAAAUCUAAGUGGAAUGCAAUCAGCCAUUUGUGUAGGAAAAGUCCAGGUGGACCUUCAGAUAUUCUGGAUAGAAGGCAAACUUCGUCUGUUUACGAUGAGUGUAGUAUCAUUGAUAAUACAGUAGCAGUACAAAGCUUGCCAGCACUACCUCCUCCCGAUGAGAUCACACCUAAAAUUCCCCCACGUUGCCCUAGUAGACCAAGAGGAUCAGGACAGAUGUCGCCAGUUUUACCUCCGUCUCCUUCUGCCUCGCAAGCUAUUGUCAAUAAUGAUCAUUUGAAGGUAAACGCUGUAGUAGGUUUGUCUCCUGGUUCAUCUGAAUCUCUUCCUUCUCCGCUAAACGAUAACCAACUUGCAGUGAGGCCUGCUGUGGUUGCUGGUAGAGAUGACGACGUUAAGAGAACUAAAUCUUAUGAGCCUUCACCAGUUCUUCCGAGCUCUGGGCCGAAAUUUCCUAGCGAACAAAACCCAACUUUGGCUGCUUUAUCUGAUGAUACCAUAACAGUGUAUCGUCCGCGCAAGUCCAGACCAAUGUCAUCUUCAGUGCAAGAAAAUAGCGGGGCUACUGAACACGUACCACGCCCCGUUUCAAAUACUAAUAAUGCUUAUCCUGCUCGGCUUUCCUCCUCGUCGCCUUUAUCAUCAGCUUACACUUCUUCACAUAAUGACCCUCCUCAGCCAGUUCCGCAACCAGUUUCACGUAUAGCAGCCCUCGCUGCAGCAUCAUCGAAUUCCGGUAUGACUUUUGCCUCUGCAGUGAAUUCCUCUGGAAGUACGACGCCUACUGUUUCAGAUAUGAAUUCAACCGCUGGCCCUUAUCCCGUCUCGUCGGCGUCGUCUGUGUCACCUCAUGAUUCUAUGCCGUCCACUGGGCUUGUCCAUAAUGUCAAUAAUGCUACUACUUCCACAAUGUAUCCAAAAAGGCAAUCUGCAACGGCAAAUCCCUACUAUACUACUCAUCAGACAGGAAGUCAACCAAACUUAACGCAUUCGAUGCCUCCACCACAUCUCAGGCCCCAAAGUUCUCCACAGCCGAUUCAAUCAGGAAAUUUCUCAGACCUUCCACCAGUCUCGAACUCCCAUCCGCCAACAAGAGACGGGGUACCUCAAGUGCGUCCAGGCCAACCACACCAACCACCGCAACAGCACCCUCAACAGUACAGGCAGCAGCACAUGCAACAACACAUGCAACAGCAGCACAUGCAAUCGCGUAUGCCCAUCGCAAACCAACCAAUGCGCUCUACCCCUGCAGGUGGUGUCCGUCACGAUUCUCCUAUGCAUAUGCAGCAAGACUAUUAUAGAGAUUUCUUGCCUGCAUCUCCUAUGCAUCAAAAUCAAAGACAAUUCUCACCACAACCUCAACAGUUACCACAUGCUCAAAUACCCCCGGGGGCUAUGAGAGGCGGCUCCAGAGCUCCUAUGCCACAAGCCCCUCCAAUGCACAUGCAAACCUACACGGCCGACGGUGCUUAUGCAAACAAUUGGCAACCAAAAGCAAAUUACCCUGCGCCAGGAGUGGAUCUAGGUUAUGCACCCUCGGUCCAACCUACAGGGAAACUACAUAGCGGCUUUGCCAGCCGAGUACAAGGCAAGAAAAGGCUUCAACAUGAUCUAAGGAAUGGCGCCUUUGGAAUAUAG